CUGGGACCCGGAGGCUGCACCAAGGACACCUGACACCGGUGACACGACAGGUGUUCAAUCAGCCAGUAACUCUCCAAGAAUUGGUCCCCUUCACUCACUACCGUGUGUGUGUGACAGCCACCAACCAGGGGGUACACAGUGCACCAGGAUGUGUCAAUGCCAGCACGUCCACUGAACCACCAGGUGUAGAGCUGAAUGAUUUACAGUGCCGGUCAACAAGGUUAUCUACGAUCUGUUCAGGUACACUGUCAGACACCUGUGAGGGGUAUAACGGCCCUAACCUGGUCACCAAUAUUACCCUAAAGACGAAGCUCGCGUGUAAUGACUCCGUGCACACGAUCUUCAACACCGCCACAGAUCAGUCAGACAGCGUCAGUCUGACCUUCAACCAGCUUAUACCUGGCCAGGAGUACCAGGUGACGGCACAAGUCACUAACAGUGUAGGUGGCGGCCCAGUGACCUCCAUCACUUAUACUACCACAGCGACGAAGCCACCACCGGUGAAGGACCUGCGCGUUACUCCACGUAACAAAACUGCGGUUCAACUGUGGUGGAAUGAUCCCUGUCCUAGCAAUGGUGAUAUUACUUCGUACUACGUUACAGGCGGUAGUAAAUUUAUUUAUUAUCCCGUGAAGUGCCUCUUAUCGCAGGAGUAUGAACGCUGCUACAUCAUUAAAGGAGUAUUUACAUUGGGUGUAGAAUACGAGUUUUCGGUACUCGCGAGGAACAAAGCUGACUGGAGUACCGAGGAAAAAGUUAGCAUAAAACUGGAGGAAAAAAGGCCAGGUCCACCAGCGAGCAUUGUAUCAGUACGAGGGUCAAGACAGUUAGAGGUGGACAAUAUACAGGAGCCUUCUGACCCAGGAGGACAACUGGUCAACUGCAGCCUCUCUGUUACUCCCGGCAACUUCAACUGUGUCUUCCGGUACACAACGCCUCCAGCCAACACCUGUGAGUUAGAAGGACUAACGCCUGGUAAACUGUACCAAGCAAAAGCCUUCUGUUGCAACAGCAAGUUCUGUGGGGAUACACUGACCCAGGCGUUGGCAACACUGCCACGGAACCCAGAGAUCUCGGGUCAUUUGCAAGUUUUGAAGAAGACUAAUUCUACCAUCACCCUGAACCUGCCUCCCCUGGUCACUCACGGUGAUGGUAACAGUUCAUCGGCUGUGGUGGUCAUGACAGCUAAUCAUUCCCGCGACAACGUGGAGGAUGAGGUAAAGCAGUUGUUGUCUGGCACAGGUGAAGAAGAGAAACGAAUCCACGCAAGAAAUACGAGACAGGCUCGGGCUUGUGAGAUAUCAUUAUGGGUCGCUGGGCUGGUGGAUAAGGAAGACUCUCAGUUCGAGAUAGGAGAUGGUAAGACUCAUGGAGGAUACUACAACUGUCCAUUGAAGUUUCAGGAGUCUUAUUAUCUAGGCAUGAUGGCAGUGACGGAACUCUUAGGUAAGAGGAGUUUUGCAUGGACAGUGUUAACAACGAGUGAGAGAGUAGUACCUUUCACUCGUAAAGGCCUAUACUGGAUACCCAUAUUGAUUGUCCUGCUGCUCAUCGUUAUCGCUGUAGCUGUUGUUGCUUGCUAUAUGUACUGGAGACGUCCUGCAAGGUUGGAAUCAUUAGGCUUCUUUAGGAAAGGGAACAGCAACAAUGGUCUUCACAGCGGAAAUGAGACUUCAGCUGACAGUGACAGCACACAUCCGACCCCACUGAGUCCUGCCGUCCACUUUUCAUCUAAAAAAAACACCUCACUGGAAUCUUGCACAUUUCAAAGUACUGAAAAAUUAUCAAUAAGUGAACCUACUUAUGAGAACCUCGCUACAGAGGAGAUCUAUGGUAACUUGACGGCCAGAGUCCCACGAGAAAAUGUUGAAGCUUACCUGAACAUGACCAUCAGAUCUCGAGAUGUUAGUGAGGAGUUCAAGAGUGUUUCAUAUAACUACAACAAAACCACAGAAGCAGGACAACUCUUGCCCAAUAAGCAUAAGAAUCGCUACAAGAACAACCUGCCAAAUGAUGACACUAGAGUCAUUCUCUCCACGAUCAAUGAUGACCCUUACUCUGACUACAUCAACGCUAACCAUGUUCCUGGGUAUGGCAGGAUGCAAUACAUCGCCUCACAAGGACCCAAAGAUGCUAACGUAUCCACUAUUGCUGACUUCUGGAGGAUGAUAAUGGAACAGAAAAUUACAGCUAUAAUUAUGGUUGCCAACUUCAUUGAGGGAGGCAGGAACAAGGUUGGGGAGUACUUCAAACCAGGAGUUACUCUUGAAUUUGAUGGCUACUAUGUCUCAGUCAUCCACAGGGAACAGCUGCCACUCUUCACUGUCUCCACUCUGCAGGUUAAAAAGGAUGAUUAUUCUCUUGAUGUGAAGCACUACCAUUACGUCAGCUGGCCAGACCAUGGCAUCCCAGAUGAAGCUCAUUCAAUGGCUCAUAUGAUCAAACACUUCAGAAGUAAUGUCUCUCAAGUAGGUGGCACAGUUGUUCACUGCUCUGCUGGAAUUGGGCGAACAGGUACAACUCUACAGGUGCUUCAUAUGUGUGAAAUGCUUACAUUGGAAGGAAGUUUCAACCCUAUUGAAGUACUGAGAAAUCUUAGGAACUCUCGAGCUCGGCUGGUUGAGAACGAGGCACAGUACAACCUCAGCCUUGAAAUUUUUGAAGAGGUUCUCUUUGGUGAUAAAACCAAAGUUACUCCAAGUGAUUUAGUCAACUCUUUAGACAGUUGCCUAGAAGAGAGUGUGGCUCAGUUCAGGAAGAUUAAAAAUUUGCCAUCCCCAGUUACGUACAAAACCUCAAAUCCCAGCUUCCGAUCUAUGGUUCGUAACAAGUCAGUACUGCCCGCAGACUCACGCCGUAUCUACUUACAUAUGAUAAAUGGACAGCCAGAAACCCAGUAUAUCAAUGCCGUGUGGAUCCCGGGUCUUAAUCAACAAAGGGCAGUUAUAGUCACUGAACAUCCCUUACCUGCAACACUGCCCAAAUUCUGGAGGCUGGUGGCUGAAGAGAAAUGCCCCUUUGUCAUUCUCAUCAAUCAGUUUGAUAAACAUAGCAAGGAGGAAUUCCCUGAUGUAAUGCCUGCUGAAGGGGAGAAGCAGACCUUUGGUAAACUCACUGUUCAUGUACAAGAAGCUCAGCCUUAUGGAAACAAUCUUAUACAAUACAUUGUAAACAUCACUGAGUCAGAGACCAUAAAACUAAGGGUAAAGGUGUAUCAAGUGCUCUCCUGGAUGUUUGGUCAAGAUGAGCCUCCCACACCUAAUAUCUUAGUCAUUUUAGCAGAGUUGUUGCUAGAAAGUCGUGGUGGUCACUCAGGUUCUCCUCUUCUGUGCUGUGGCAAUGGCGUAACUAGCUGUGGGUUAGUGACGGCCAUGAGUCUGUUGUUGGAACAGCUGCAGAACGAGCAACUAGUGGAUGUCUACAGAACUGUUGUGAAACUGUUGAGGAGUCGACCUCAGUUUAUCACUUCUGAGGCACAAUAUGCUCUCCUGUAUCGUGGAGUUGCAGAAUACAUCAAGAACUACUCCACCUAUGGAAAUUUCCAGUAAUAAAUACAGUUUAAUGAGUAAGUGAUAAUGUGGUGUUGAAAAAAGUAUACUGUACCUGGUAUACUGUACUGUACAUUAUAUUAUUUUAGGCUUCAGAGAACUUAUCCAAAGUACUCUACCAACAACUUGUAACUUAAUAUGAGUUCAACACAUGUUUCUGUCUUGCCUAAAGUGAAUGACACAGAAAGCAAGACAGGUACAAUAUUACUUUUUCGAUAGCUGUCAAAGAUGACAUUGGCAGUACGAACAAUAAGUUUUAUUAUACAGGGGUCCUCGUUUAAGUGGUAAUAGGGACCAGAAAAAAAAGUCACUUAUAAUGAAACCACUUAUAAAUAAGGUGAUCAGACGUCCCGUUUUCAGAGCAUUCUGACAGCAUCUUGAUAAAGUCCCGCAUAAAUUUUGACACAAGAAAUUUGAAACAUUUAUGAGAGAGAGAAAGAGAGGUGGCAAACCCCCAAACAAUUGUUAAAAUGUAUUUGACCAGUUUUGCCUCCUCUUUGUGACAUGACUACAAAAAUGAUCAUCAAGCAGCUUGUCAUGUGAUUUGGCUAGCCAAUCAUUUUGAAGCAGCCAUUAUGAAGGCUGAAGCAUCCAAUUUUAAGGGUUGUGAUGGCGCGCGAAAAGUGUUCUCUCCCUUAUCUAGCUGUUAUUCAGCGGGUUUAUCAGAACAAUAGUGAAGCAAUCCAAAUAAUACAAGAUCAUGGUGUCCUACCAACAUCAAGACUGUGCCCUACGUGUGACAAUUGUUUACUUUUAAAAAAAGACGAAGUACUUUGUCUGUAAUUAUAUGCAUACCAGAUCGCCCAGCUGUAUUUUCCACCACAGUAGCAGGUAAGCUCCAAAAAUGGUUAGGUUAGGUUAGUUUUUUGUGUUUCUUUUAUGGUGUGUUUUACUCAAACCUGGCCACCAUUUUGGUCCAAAUUAGCAGUUUGUUACAAAUGAAAAUGUUCAGUUUUUUUCAAAAACUGUUAAUCCUCUCAUCUUAUUGGUCUCUUGUGCUAAUAUUUUAUGGUACAGGUACAGGUUAUAUAUGGAACUCAUAAAAUGAAAAUUUCUUGAGAUUCAUACAGUGAAAGCCACAUUACAGGUGUAUUCUGAAAACGAACAUCCCGUUGACCAACAAUUACAUAUAGGGGCAAUGCUUGUUUACACUGCCUGUGGUGUCAGCCUGUGCCACUGAGCACAAGUUCCCUGUUGUGCAACAGUCUACAGUACAGUACAGCCCAAAUGGGCUACUGUACUUUUGUAUAUAAUUAGUUUAGUUUUAGGAUAUACAUACAGUACAUAACUGAUUAAAUGUAUUAAGAGGUGUAAGAAUGCCCAAUAUGAGGGUGUUUGACAUAGAGAGGAUGAUGUUACCAGGUACUGUAGUUUAUUAUGUACAAUAGUAUAAGCUGCUGUAUACUCUACAAUAUUGAAGUUUAAUUUAUAGCUCGGAAUGUAAGCUAUCAUGUACAGUACUGAAGUUUAAUCAAUGGUUCAGAAUAUAAGCAAAUGUAUACUUAUGUUUUUUUUAUGGCUCAGAAUUUAAGCAGCUCGGCAUUGAAGUUUCAUUUAUUGCUCACAGCACUGUAUAAAGCACAAUAUUGUAUCGUAUUCUGAUGUUUAGUUAAAUCAUUAAUGGCUCAACAUUUCAGGUAGUGUAAUAGUUUUGUCGGUCACGUCUUUGAUAUGCACUGUUGGCAGAUUCUAGGCAUGCACUGGCUCAUGAAUAUAUCGGAACCUGCUCCAGUGUUGGUCAAGUCUGGCCUUGAAUGAGCUCACACUCACGCCAUCACAACACUUUCUGAAAGAUUGUUACAAGGGUUCACAAUUCUCACUCCAAAAAAAGUUUACCAUCAUUGUUUUUUGGACUUGUGGCUUCUUCAACCUUGAGCAGUGACCCCUUGUGGGGCAGAUGUCCGCCAGCUCCAAGUAUGUACAUUCGACCAAGUAGUGCCCUCCGAGAUGUUUAUAGCUCGGUAGUUACAAGCGCUCCAAUCUCAGGGUAACUGAGAUUCCGUAUAGCAGGCACCAGUCUGGUGGCCCUUCUUUUGUUAAUUUUCAAUCUAUUGACAAUCUCCAGCAUACCUCAGGGACCAAACUGGGUGACAGUACUCCAGACGGGGAAGCACCUGACUCUUGAAGAUCUUGACGAGCGACGGACCAUCCAGAUAUCUAAACGACCUUCCUAUAAAGCCUACUAGUUUUGUUGCCGGAUUUACCUUCUUCUCACAAUCGCCCGAGAACUUAAAGUUCAUUAUGGACAUACACACCCAGGUCCUUUUCACAUUCAUUCUCAAUUAAUGCAGUCUCUUCGUCCUGUUGGAACAUGUGAUACACUUCCUUAUUAUUGGUGUGACCCAGGUGCAUCCUUUGGCACUUCGUGACAUUGAAUUUUAGCAGCCAUUUCCUCGACCAUUUUUAAAGCUCAUGGGAAUCUUUCUGCAGCUCUUCACAGUCUGUUUGGUUCUAAAUUUCCCUAAAUAACUUGACAUUGUCUGCAAACAUUUAUAUGGAGGAGUGUAUAGCUUCUGGCAUGUCAUUAAUGAAACAGACAAACAACUACGGGCCCAGUGAUACCCCGCUAGUCACAGGUACACAUGACGAUUUCUUACCAUUUAUCACCAUGCACUGUUUGCGGGCAGGAAGAAUGCCUCUGAUCCACUCUAGGACACUUCCCCGAAUCCCGUACCCUUCCAGUUUAACUCUCAGCCUUUCAUGUGGUACACUUUUGAAAGCCUUGACAAAAUCAAGGUAUAUAUUGUCAACAUUUCCGCCUUGAUCUUGAAUUUGAGCUAAGCAGAAUCUUCCCGGCAUAAAACUUCUUGGCAUUCCAGUCGUCGGCUCCUUUUGCUCUUCCAGGCAUUUGCAGAACAGGAUCCUGGGGCGCUCCACAAGCUCGUUACACAGUUCUCUUAACAUUCUGGGUGCACCAUAACAGGGCCAGGACUCUUGUGAAUCUUUAGCUUUGACAGUUUAUUUCUUAUAACCUCGUCCGAGAACACGAUGUGGGUCAGUACUGUGUCAAACUGUCUUUCCCCAAAUGCAGGUAGAUUGCUCGCAUCCUCUAUUGUGGUCCAAUAUGCCUACUCACGUUUUUAAUUUCAACUUUGCGUAGCGGUAUAAAGCCUUUGGAUUUGACUUGACCUCACUAGCAAUCUACCUCGGGAACUCUUUUUCAGCCCUCCUACACUCUGACUUAAUCUGGUUCCUGGAUUUGGCAUACAUCCUUCUGUCCUCUCAUCAUUUGUCCUAACCUGUGUCUUGAAAUCUGAGCUUUCUUCUUAAAUUUGCCAACCAACACAUGGUUCAUGUGUAGUUGUCUCCCUGGAGGUACUGGGCUUGAAUGGUCUACUUUACUGGCUAUGAUACUCAUAGCAGCAUCUGUGUUCUUAUUCCUUAGUAAGUCAGACCAGUGUAUAGUUGUAUACUCCUCAUCUCCUCCCUCAUCCAAUCGUAAUUUCCUUUGUAAUAUUUGAAACUGGACCUGGUUUUGCCUGAACCAAGUAACAGUUAAAUCUUAAGGACAACAUUAUGUGGUGACUGGUACCAACUGGGGCUAAGUAUUCCAGAUUGGCCACCACACCCUCCUCAUUAGUUAUGAUGAGGUUUAGCGAUUUGAGUGUUUGCUCCCCUCUGUAGUGAGUCGAAUCUUUAACAUGUUGGAGUAGAAAAUUGUCCCUCAGAGUUUCUACGAAAAGAGUGGCUGAAUUAUUUAGGUUCGGACUUUCAUUUCAAACAUAUUUCAAACAAACCCCAAUUUAAAAAUUUUACGAUUCAAAUUUUUUCAUAUCGUGUUCUUUAUUAUACUGUACAGUACUGUAUUGUACAAACAAAAACCCAGGAAAUAUAAAAUAUUUGUCGAUUUUUUUGUAUCAUUAAAAGUUUCUGGAGUGAGAUAAAUAAUACCACAAAUAGCCAUAGUCAUAUCAUGUAAGAUAUAAAUCACUAUGUAUUGUAUAUAACUGUGUUUACAUUUUUUCAUUAUUAUACUACAAUAUGAUUAGCUUCAAAUACAGUAAUGAUGUUAGUAAAUGCCAGUACAGUGCAUCAGUGAUCAGUGUGACCACUGGGCCAUGAGUAGAGAGCAUGGCGUGGUUAAGUGCAUGACCUACCUGAGCUGCUUGGUGGUCACAGGUGCAGUGAUUCCUAAAAGAGUAUUCCCGCAAAAAACACGGGAUUACUGUAUACUAUAUACACUUGCAUAAAUACACACACACACACACAUUACUAUUAUCGUAUCCAGGGUCUUCCAUAUCUUCAUUACCAAACAAUCACAAUCCUUCCUUAAUUUCUUAAGACACUCAGACCAUGACAGGGAUGCUUGGAUACUCAUCUACUCUCAGCCAUGACUAAGAAGAAACUGGCAGGCCUAGAGCUAAUUUGUGGGUCAUGACUGCCUCCCUAAAUGCCAGCAAACCAAUCAGCAGUAAGAUUCAAGGUAUGGGCAGGAAAAUUUAUAGCCGCAUAUGGUGUGGCCAUUGCACUGGCAUUGUUUACUGCAUAGGGUGUGGGAAUCGCAUCAAUUGAGUUAAUCAUUCGGUUACGAUGGGGAUUCUAAGGUCUGUGUGAUUUAUCCUCUAAGUUGAAUGAAAAACAUAUGUGUACCAAGUUGAAUAUGUUUAUAAUUAAAUAAAGCUUCCUUCAACAA